GGGGCUCCACAGUUCAACUCAUGAGCUCACAUACCUCAUAUGAAUGUGUGAGUGUGUACCACUAAAACCACUAUAACCAAAACCAACCCAGGAGUAGAGUCGUAUGCUUCUCUGGGAGUGAGGGAGGUGGAGAGAGUGAGAGAAACCAGCUUUUACGAAGUGAAACACAAAACCCGGAAAUCAGAUUGGUGCGGAGAUACACAUAUAUUUCCAUUGUUGUGAAUUGUGAUGUGUUGUGUGUGGUGAUCUGAACGAAGACUUUAAAAAGUUUCCAUCAACGAAACUUCGCAUCGGCCUCUUUCCGACUGACAUGCUGUAACCGCCUUAAAAGUGUUCAAAAUGGCGAAUAUAUGGGGCCUGAGGAUGGUGCUUCAUGGGGUGAUGAUGCUCGCUUUGGCAUCGCUGAACCAUGGACAAGAGGCAGAUCCAUGCACAGUGCAAACAGGAGACAGUCAAGUGAUUCUGAAUCUGGUCGAGUCCCAAGGCGAUCAAGUGGACCAACUUACCAGCCCUGUGGAACUCCCUAUCACUGGUGUGCCAGGAACGGAUAUUGAGCUGGAGAUCCUUCCUCCCGAUCGACGCGAGGACCGACAGUUCUUCAAAUUGAGCGGGAAACAAGUGCAACUCCUCGAGCCUCUGGAUCGAGAUCAAUCGGAUUUAUCCUCGCUAAUGUUUCAACUCACGUGCAUCGAUCUGCAAACCCGUCGCAGGAAAACCAUUCCGGUCGUGGUUACCAUUUCCGACAUCAACGACAAUCCGCCAGUAUUCCAAGGCAAUCCUUACGUCAUCACGAUCCCGGAGAGCACUCCAAUCAAUUCAAUCGUGUUUGCUGGUCUCAAAGCCACGGAUCCUGAUUCAAAUGUCAAUGGUCAAGUGGAAUUCCACGUGGUUCCUGGAGAUGGAACCCCUCAAGACGGCUUCGGCAUUUUCGAGAUUGACUUGCCCCAUCAAGGAUUGGUCAAAUUGGCUAAAAAGCUCGACUACGAAGAUGUCAAAACCUAUUACCUCAACAUUCAAGCAUCAGACCGAGCGGUGGACCCUGAAGGACGCUUUACCGCCAAUACCGUUUUGACGAUCAAUAUUCUGGACAGUGACGACCUCAACCCCAAGUUCUCAGAAUCCACCUACACGGCUCGAGUUACAAGUGGGAUUGUGGGCGGGCCCUUGCACGUUUCUCCGGAAAAGAUCAGGGCGGAAGAUCAAGAUACGCUGAGAACGGCUGUGAAGUACAGCUUCGCCGAUGGAAGCCCGGCCUCGUUCCAUGAUGUGUUCACCAUUGAUGAAGACACAGGGGUGGUGAAGCAAAUUCAAUCGGCCGAUAAAUCUACUGUGAAACUAUUUGAUAUUGUUGUCAAGGCUGAAGAGCAAUCCGACGACAAAAAGUUUGCCACGGCCAGACUUUUGGUUCAGGUUCAUGCCGAGGAUGUCAACCCUCCAGUUUUAGUGGCCACAUCAAGGGUUGGAUUCGUGCCGGAAAACUCCAAGAUCGGAACACGAGUCACCGAUCAACGAGGCCAGGAAAUCAAAUUUGUGGUCACGGAUGCCGAUCACAUUGGAGCAGAUGACCCUGCUGCCAAAUAUGACUUUGAAAUGACCACCAACUUCUUCACCGUCGACGAGGAAGGUUACUUGGUGGUCAAUGACGAGAACUUGGAUCGAGACCCGCCCAAUGAAGACAAGCUCAACUUCCAAGUGUCUCUGAACCAUCGAAGGAGAGAGUUGUCAUCAAUCUAUGCUCGAGAGGCUGAUGGUGCCAGGAACACUUCGGCUCCCUUGAGCAUGACCAUUAACAUCCAGGAUGUGAAUGACAACGCUCCAUCUUUGGCCUCUAUUCGGGACGUUGUAUUGGCGGCUGGGACCUCUCGGAGGGUCAUUGCCAAGCUCAAUGCCACGGACAAUGAUUUGGACAAGGACCUUCGCUUCAGACUACUGAAGGUUACCAACAAUGGGAAGAACAAGUUUGCCGUCAAUUCUCGCACUGGAGACGUUGAGGUCAUGGCACCCGUGAAGACUGGCGAGCGUUUCAGCUUGAGUGUGGCCGUCGUCGACAAGGGCGGUCUUAGUAGCGAAGGUGUCUUGGAAGUCCGAGUCAACUCUGGACCCAAUUUGAGAGGACCCGCCUUUGAUCAGUUCCUCUAUGAGGCCAAGGUCAGCGAAGGAGCGCCCAAAUUUGCUUCAGUGGUGACGGCGCAAGCCAAGGACCCUGAAGGAGACCCUGUUCGCUAUUCGAUCAUUGAAGGCAACGAUGCGGGUCAUUUUCAAAUCGAGGAGAGCACUGGAAUCAUUCGCGCCAUGCACCCCUUAGAUCGGGAGACCCUCCGACGAUAUUCAUUGGUUGUCAGAGCCGAAGAUCCUGGUGGCAAGUUUGGCACAGCCACUGUCAACAUUGUUGUGACGGAUAUCAACGAUCAGAAUCCUUUUUUCGUGGACCUUCCUUACUCGUUUCGAGUCAAGGAGGGAGAAACAGGAGCCUCUGUAGGGCGGGUUCGUGCUGAAGAUCAUGAUAUUGGAGACAAUGCACUCAUCUACUACUCUGUUCCCGAUGAUUCGUUAUUCUCCAUUGACGCCAUCAGCGGAGAAAUCCGGACCAAUGCCGACUUAGACUUUGAGCGUCAUUCCGUCCAUUACUUGGUAGUGAGUGCCAAUGACGGGGGAAAGCAAUCAAGGAUCGCCACUGCCACGGUCACGGUCUUGGUUCAAGAUACGGCCGAUGAAGUGCCCCGUUUCCCCACUCAAGUUUAUGAAGCUUCGGUCCCGGAAAAUGUCAAGGACUACCUCGUCACAACUGUCAUGGCUGAAGAUCUCGACUCGGAACCCAGUGUGACUUACCGUUUGGUCCAAGGAGACUUGGACAAGUUCAAGAUUCAUCCCAAAUCAGGUGUGAUCCGGACAACCCGAGGGCUUGACUUUGAGCGUCAGAGCACUUUUACCCUGAUCGUCGGGACAGAGGAGUCCAGAUUGAGUGGGUUGGACAAUUUACCUGGAGUUACGGCCGAGGUGCAAAUCAAAGUGGAGGAUCGAAACGAUAUUCCUCCCAUGUUCACCCGAAGCCCUCGAGGAAACCUGAUCGAUGUUCGGAAUGACGCUCGCAUUGGAACCAUCAUUGGGACCGUGGCAGCCACGGAUGCGGAUGGUACCACCCCUGGGAACGAGGUCCGAUACGAGAUCACGGCUGAUGGAAGCUCGGAAAAGGCGGUCUUGUACUUCGGUAUUGAUAAUGAACGCGGAGACAUCCGAGUCCGAGAUGAUUUGACGCAGGAACUCUUUGACGAAUACAGGCUUCAAAUUCGAGCGUAUGAUUUGGGUGAGCCAUCCUUGGAUUCAACCAUUAUGGUACGAGUUCGUGUCAAACAAGUGAUCACUCUUUCACCGGAAGAAGGGGUUGGGUUCAUUGAAACGAGCCAGUUUGUGGAGGUUCCAGAGAACCUCGCCGAAGAAGCAUUGAUCAAGACACUGGCCCUUAGUCCAAGAUCCGACAAGGCCAAAGGCUUGAAGAUCCUCUGUGAUGUGGUCAGUGUUAGGAACCAUCAAGACCAAGAGAUCCCUGGAAUGUUCUAUGGACGUCUGAACGAAGAGGGUCACUGUGACUUGAUCCAUGGAAAAGGAAACUUGGAUCGAGAAAGUGAUCCCAAUUUCAAGGUAGAAAUCAAGCUCAACACUCUGUCAGCUUAUGCAAAUCCAAAGAAAAUGACGGCCAAGGUGAAUGUGGUCUUAUUGGAUGAGAAUGACAAUGCCCCUCAAUUCAUCUACAACGAAGACAUUAGUCGUGUGGUCAAAGAUCAGUACAUUGUGGCAAUCCAUGACACCCUUCCCAUAAACGACCUGGUCUUCAAGGUCAAGGCCUUCGACAAAGACUCGGGUGAGAACAGUCGUCUGGAGUACGAACUCAGAGGAGAUAACAUUGCUCAAGACUACUUUGCCAUCAAUAGUGAGACUGGCGAAGUCACCAACAUUGACACGUUCAUUGGCGUUUCUCAAGAGGAUUUGCCGUUUGAAUUGAUUAUUCUGGUUCGAGACAACCCCAAUGACCAUUCUCUGAGCAAGACCCAACAGACCAUCCUAGUGGUCAAUUUGUUGCGUCCUGGAGAUGGGAUCGUUCUGACCAUUGCCGACACUCCUCCAAAUGUGAUGUCCCAAAAGAAAGGGGAGCUCAUGGAGUUGUUGCAACAAAACACCAACCUUUUAGUCACCAUUGAUAAGAUGAUGCCAGCCAUGGGCAAAUAUGGAAACGGCUCUUGUUGCAAGCCUCUCCCAAGAAGCACAGACGUGUAUUUCCACGUGGUCGAUCCAAAUACCAAUGAGAUUCUACCGUUUGACCACGAAAAGGUUCAGAGAUCCAUAUCUUCGAAACAAGCGGCUUCCAACCUCAAAUAUGCCAUUGCUGGACAUCUUGGAGUGCAAGCUGCUGAUGUCCAUGAACCCUAUGUUAGUACUUAUGAAAGUGCCAGCAACGCUUCGCCUAUUCGCACGGCAGGGUCCACUUAUGAAGGGUUUCCAACGCUGCUGAUCAUAUUUGGAUGCCUGGUCUUUGCCUUGGCCUUUGUGGCCAUUUGCUAUCUAUGCUUUAUCAAACGCAAAAUGAUUACCAACGAAGAAAAACAAACCAAAAUGAUUGUCAUUCCGAGAUAUGAACCCGUGUUUGUGGAGCCCAGUCACAAACAGUAUGAGACUCAAGUACUUCAAAUGUCUGUGCCCAUCGACGACAAUGACCAGAUCCGAAGUGGACCUCAAGUUGGGAGUGAUUCCUCCUUCAACCUGGACAGCAUCAGCUACAUCACUAAGGACAGAUUCAGCAGCAUGGGCGACCAAUCUCCCAUGCACAGCGAUUCCACGGAGGCCACCAGACUCUCACCUGGAGUUGGCAACCAAUCUGGGCAUUAUGCCACUGUUGAUGGAGACGAGGACCGGGUCACGCCCAUACGCAAUCCACUGUUUGGACGGUCAGAUGAUGAUGAAGGGCUGAGAAGAUUGAGUGCCAGCACCACCAAUGCCAAUGUGCUGUUUGGAGAGCCCCGGAGGGAGUUUGCGAGUUCCACGCCAAAGCGACAGAGCUCCAGCCAGGAAUUGGAGGAGACCAGACCCAGAGGCACCACUCAGCUUUGAUCCCCCUGAAUGUGAUUUGCUAGAAGAAACUAAUUCUAUUGUGUCAAAAUCAAACCCAACCAUUAUCGUGAUGGUGCCAGAUCGAAUCGCGUGUCAUAUUGCCACCGCCCAUUUCUCAAAUUUGCUCUGAUCUCCUGUGUGUAAAUAUGUUUCCUAGUGAUCUUCAAAUAAAUGUAACACUCUGUUC